AUGCGAUGCCUGGCUGGCGACCAGGCCCGAGAGGCACCCUUCCCUCACGCCGUCCUGAACACUACCACUCUGGCGGAGGAGGCCCGGGACAUGUUUGUGCAGGCCUACUCCAAUUACACCACCCAUGCCUUCCCAAUGGAUGACCUUCGACCACUCAGCUGCAAUGGGAGUGAUUCCCAAGGGGGCAUCGGGCUCACGACCCUGGACAGCCUCGACACCCUCCUGGUGAGGACCUACAGCCUAGAGCAGGGAGUGAUGAACCAGCUGGAAGCAUUUUACAAAGCCCUCUGCUGGGUCACUGGGGAGGGAACCGACUGCGGGAGCGGCGGCGAUCCCCCUCCCCGCCUCACCUUUGACCUUGAUGUCAGGGUGCAUGUCUUCGAGGUCACAAUUCGUGCCCUGGGAGGCCUCCUCUCCGCUCACCAGCUGCUCACUCAGAAUCUGCAGCUGGCACCCUGGUAUCGGGGGGGCCUCCUGCUCGCUGCGGUCGAUCUGGCCGAUCGCCUCCUUCCUGCAUUCAACACGCCAUCCGGGAUCCCCCUGUCAUGGAUCAACCUGAGGCAUGGCCAGGCAAGUGACAGGAUUCUUUAUGAGACCCGCAUCACCUGCACCGCCUGUGCGGGGACGCUGCUGCUGGAGUUCGGGACGCUGUCGAGGAUGACAGGGGAGAUGAAGUACGACGCUGCGGCCCGAAGGGCCCUGGAAGCUCUGCAUGGUGCACGCAGCCUCAUUGGCCUUGUGGGGAACACCAUCAGCUGCGACACCAGGGGCUGGGAACGGCACGACUCUGGGAUCGGGGCUGGAGUGGACUCGUACUAUGAGUAUCUCCUCAAGGCCUACCUGAUGUUUGGCAACAGGACCCACCUGCAGUGGGCCAGCGAGUCUUAUGCCGCCCUCCUGACGCACAGCGCCGUGGGCGCCCCGCUGUCUGUUUCGCCCUGGCUGCUGGACGUCCACAUGUCCACGGCCCUGCUGCUGCACACAGGAGUCUGGUCGCUGUCGGCGUACUGGCCGGGCUUCCAGGCCCUUGCAGGGCAGCUUGAGGAGGCGGCCGCCCAGCACCGGCAGUGGCUGGCCGUCUGGAACAAGUUUGGCUGGCUGCCGGAGAUGUUUGACGUCCAGAAACAGACACGGCACCCGACGCUCAGCGGGUACCCGCUCCGCCCCGAGCUCAUGGAGUCCACCUUCAUGCUGGCCGCCGACGCACCCGACACCUCAUACCUGCGGGCAGGGGAGGCCAUGCUGGGCACGCUGCGCUCCCGCAACCAGGUGGCCUGCGGGUACGCCGCUGUGCACGACGUCAGCACAGGAAAGCUAUCGGACAGCAUGGAGUCCUUCUUCCUGUCCGAGACUGUCAAGUACCUGUACCUCCUCUUCGCCAACGCUUCAGCGGCCCUGGACCGGUGGGUGCUGACCACGGAGGGCCACUUCUUGGACGCCUGGGCUGAUACGGAGGAGCAGUGGGAGGCAGAGCAUGGGACAGUCAUGCUCGGGGCUGCGGGCGCGGAGGGCCCCAUCGGUGCGAAUGCAACGAGUGGUGGCCCUGUGGGAGCACCUGUCCCGGCCAGCACUGGCAAGGGUAGCGGGGCCAGGCCAGGCGGCUAUGUGACGGAGGCACCUCCCGGGAAUGCGUCCCAUGAUGCAGCAGCCCUGAUGCUGGCCGGAACCUUCCUGAGCCAUGAAGAGACCACCGUCGCCCCUACGCAAGAGGUGGUGUCCAUGGAAGUAGAAACCGUAGCGGCUCGCUGCCGGCACCUGUGCGAGGCGCAGGACCCCGACCAGGUUGCCAGGCGCGCGGCCGCCCUGCGCGCCGCCCUGCCUGCGCUGCCCGACUCCCAGCCGCUGCAGCCGUCGCUCGUCCGGCGUCGGCGCUGCACGGCGUGCCAGGCCUUCACGCGCGCCGGCGAGGCGGCGCGCCGCGCGAGGGUCGCGAGACGCCACGUCAGCGCGACCGCCGCCUUCGCGCGCCAGCUGGCCAGCGCCACGGCACGCAAGGCCGCAGAGGCGGCGCGGCGGGGCUGGACGCCGCCCGCGUACUUCCUGUGCGACCUGCGCAGGACCGGGGGGGUGCUGGGCUGCGGCGCGCUGAAGGUGCUGCAUGCCGGCAUGGAACUGGAGGACCUCAUGGCACUCAGGCCCACAGCAGUCAUCCUGGAGGCCAGCUAUCAUCAGGACGGGGACGACGGUGCGGCGCUGAUGUGGUGGUACUCGGGAGUGCAAGAUGUGCAGCUUGUGUCCAUCGACGACCCAGAGGAUGGGGCAUUCGACUCCAUCCAAGGCAUCCUAGCAGAGUUUGGGCCUGCCUUUGCCCCGCCUUGCCAGCUGGGCUCCUCUGCUGGACCUGCUGCAGAGGACGAGGCAGAGCUGGGGAGUGGUCCAUCAGCCUCUCGACCUACAUCAGGUGGUGGCCCCGUUGAAUACCGUGAUCCUGGCCAGGCACCCUGCACAUGUCCCGAGCCUCGACUGCAAGACCUGCUCCUGGGUUGCCCCGGUACGGGAGCUGCGGGACAGGAUGUUCUGACAGAGGUGAAGGGGCCGCUGCUCCUCGCCCAGUCCCUCUUCCUGUGCGGCGGCGAGGCUGGGCCAGGCGAUCCAGCCCCGCCCGCCCGCGGGAGUGUGCUCCUGGCGGGGAGGGGCCGGUGCCCCUUUGCAGACAAGGCCAGGGCGGCCGCCGCCUCCCAGGCCGCCGCCCUGAUCGUCAUCAACUCCGGCGAGGACGAGCGGGCUGUCUGGCCGAUGAGCGGCGAUGGCGCGCCAGACCUCGGCGCGCUGACCAUGCCGGCCGUCAUGGUCAGCGCGGCAGCUGGCGGGAAGCUGCUGGACCUGCUGCGGUCCCGCACCCGGCCCACCCUGCGCCUGCGCGCCGCGGAGGGGAUCCCGGCCCCGGCAAACGCCACGGCCCUCCCCUCCGCGAGCGCAGCCGGGCCCUUGCCGCUGGACCCCGGCCUGCGCCUGGCCUCCCUGGAGCUGAUGGUCCCCCCGCGCUCCCAGGCCCACGCCCUGCGUCACCUGUCGAGUGGGGAGGCCGAGAUGGCCGGCAUCGUCGCGGCCGUGCAGCUCGCUCUGCAGGCAGGCGACCAGACGCCGGGGGCUGCCAAGGAGGGAGCGCUUCACCCGUUGCUGGCCGCCCGGCAGGACGAGACCUGCCCUGCGCCAUGA